AUGGGAUUCUUGCACAAGCUUUGGGAUGAAACAGUGGCGGGUCCUGCGCCAGAAAAUGGUCUCGAGAAGUUGAGAACUCGCAUUUCCGGAGAAAAUGUCACAAGGAAUGGUCAUCAGAAGUUGAUUGUUGAUCCAGGUCGUGUUCAAGAUUCUCUUGUUGAUCAAGCAUCACAGUUUCUCCUUUGA